AUUUGUUGUCGUUGUCGCGAUCUCAGUCAGGUUCAUUUAUUGAGACAGUGUUCCUGUGCGGUCGAAGGUGCUUAUAUUGACAAGCUGCAGCUGUGGCACCAGUAAAAGUAGACGAGUAGAGAGCUGCGUACCGCGGCCGCUUUUUUUUAUUGGGUAGUUAUUACAGGCCGGUAAAGUCGAACUCAUAUACUUACCCGUACUUAUGUGCUUACCUAUCGAGUUACAUCGCUACUUGUUGCCGCGGUAGCUGAGAAACUGGGUCAGCUGUGGGGACGUCCUUUUCUCGACGGAGCAGCUAGGGAAGAGAGAGAGGACGAUCAGGAGAGAGCUGAUAUGGAGCUGCAGGCUGCAUACUAGUCCGACAUAUCCUACGGAUAUUAGGUGGUAUAGAAGCGUUUUGCGUCGCAACACACACGGCGGCGCCGACGACGACCUUCCGACGACUGACUGAACCCUCUAUUCUGCUGUUUUUGGGCGUUUGUUUUGACAGUAGUCUCCGGCUCGUGUGGCCUCUUACAAGCGAACAAGUCCCGAGAGGGAAGUGCAGCAGCCCCGUCGAUGUGAGAGAGCCAGACAAAUGUCGUCCAGGUCGUCCUGGCCCCGGGGAAUUCACGGCACGAGGCGCACUGAAAUAGACCGACGACUUUAUCGGACUUAGCGGAACGCGCAGGAGGCUACGCUUUGUGUAGCGCGCGAAUGCGGAGGAGGUUUGCUCCUGCAGCUGCUGCUGCUCAUUACUGAAGUGCAUGUGCACAUACAGGCUCAGAACUGGAUUCGGACAAGCUCAGCGACAGCCAUAGAGGAGCUAUGGUGUUGCCCUAUGACUGGCAAACGACCAAGCAGAAGGUCGCACAGAGGAGUCAGUACCUGCUGGAAAUGGGGCAGUGGUCGGAUUGCAAGUUCAUCGUUGGUCAAGAGCCUAACCAACAGAUACUGGAGGGACACAAAGUGUUCCUGGCAAUGUCGAGUCCGGUAUUCGAGGCAAUGUUCUACGGAGGUAUGGCAGAGAAGAACGAUCCUAUACCCAUAAGAGAUGUGCAGCCAGAGGCUUUCAAAGCACUGCUAGAGUAUAUCUACACGGAUAGAGUAGAUCUGGGAUCCUUUGAACUUGCCUGUGAACUGUGUUAUUGUGCAAAGAAGUACAUGCUGCCGUUUCUGGUCGAAGAGUGCACAAAAUUUCUGUGGUCCGAUCUUUCCCCCAAGAAAGCCUGUCGAGCUUACGAGUUUGCAAAGUUAUUUGAAGAGCCGGUGCUCAUGGAAAAAUGUCUGCAAAUCAUGCGCUUAAAGACCAACGAGGUGUUAAACGAAUCCAGCUGGGACGACGUAGAGCAAGCGACUGUAAUGACUAUUCUGGAUCAGGAUGAAUUGCAAGUCAGUUCAGAAAUAGAGCUGUUCAAUGCCCUGGAAAAGUGGGCUAAAGCGGAAUGCAACAGAAAAUCCUUGGAUGCCUCAGAUCCAAAAUCUUUGAAAACUGUGAUUGGAAAUGCUUUAACUAAAAUUAGAUUUCUUACCUUGUCUCCUCAAGAAUUCGCGGAAGGACCUGGAAAGUCUCCAUUGUUGUCACAAGAAGAAGCUUUCGCACUAUUGAUGAAUAUUUCAUCUAGGAACAGUGAAUCUGCAUUGCCCGAAGGCUUCACUACAAACAGCCAAAUUAGAACCAAUGUUUUCAGUCAAGUUUUUAGUACAGACUUUUCUAAAAAGAGAUCUCAGCCAGUGACGAUCUUUGGAAGGCGUCCUUACGAUUUGGAGGAACAUCCGAUAAACUUAGUUACGUCUUCCUCAUUCCUUCCAUUCUCCAUCGCGGGAGAACAAUCCAGCUCCAUUGUAGAGCCCAUUGCUUUAAGGAGAAGUGCGGGAGAGAGCAGCAGUAGCAGUAGUUCUCAGGGUAGACCAGUGGCGAUCGCGAACGUCGAAGCCCGCGAUACUCCGAAAUACUAUUGCAUACGGUCGGUGGAGCAACAGACAGAAGUUUAUAACGACAACAUAUUGGAUUGCACCGUUACGUUCGUAGUCGACAAGAACAUCUGCGUAUUAGGUUUGCAAGUUCCAUCGCAAAUUUUAAAUAUGCCAAAUAAUACUCAGCCUCCGAAAUCGUCCUACACGGAGAUUUUGUACGCCCAUCUUCUGGACGCUUAUGGCACCCGCUUGACGUAUACUCAUUUCAGCACAAAAGUCGAUGUUCAAGACUUGAUAGAAGUUACAUUUAAUCGUCCAGUAUACGUUCAAAAGAACAAGCUAUACAAAAUAGGAGUUGUAUUUAACAGAGAGGGCUGGUAUCCGCUAGCGAGUUGCAACCAAAACAAAAUCUGUGAUAACGUUUUAUUCUGCUUUGGAACUGGAAAUUCAUCGGACACAGUACGAGACGGUCUAAUAAGAUCGAUUAUUUUUACUUACCGUUAAGUAUCCAUUUGAAAGCUGACUAAUUCUUACUCAUGUAGGUUUGUGAUAAAAGAAAAAUGACAAGGAGAGAAAGAAGAACGGCGCGAAAAUUUUCUUGAAUAUACGUAAUUAUCUCAUCGACACUGUGUACGGUUUCUUCUUUUUCUUCUUCCAUAAUAUAAUACGACUAUUGGAGGUUUAUCGAGAAAGCUGACGUGCUCGAGUGAGAGAACAAGGGAGAGAAAUCUUUGUACAAAUUUUAAUGUAUCUCAUUGUUAAAUGUUUACGAAUAAGUCAGAUAAGCAGCUACACGAGUAACUAUAGGAAAAUUUAUCGAUUCUAUUUCGUUAAUCCAAGCCACUGCUGUCCAACUUUUUUUUAUUUUAACCAUUUUGCGUAUUUUUGAAAUACCGAGAGCUGACGAUUAAUUUUAACCGUGCCAAUUUCUUUAUUUUUUUUUAUUAUUCUUUACGCAUGCAUAUGUGCAAUACUUAGAGCCCCUAAGAUAUUUUUGGAAACCCAAGCAAUUGGUUCAACUGCGUUAUUAUUGUUAAAUCUCUAUAUUAUUAUCAUCAUUGUAUUCUACUCAUACACUUGUUAUUUACGAUACGACAGAUUUGGUAUGAAAUAUGUACAAUAAAAUAAAAAAAAGGGAAAUAACAUCUGACUCGAUUUCGUUAUCAGCUCGUAACCGUCUCUCUCUCUCUCUCUCUCUCUCUCUCUCUCUCUCUCUCUCUCUCUCUCUCUCGCUGUCGUGAUGCAAUGAACAAUAAUUGCAAGAAUCUGCAAUAACAAAUCGCUGCGUAAUCUCGCUCGCAAUAAAACGUUUAUAUAUA